AUGCUCCGUGUUUGGACCGCUUCGGGACAAGAGCUGGCAGAUAUGACCGUGGACGGGUUCGUGAACGGGUUGGCUACUGUUUUGGCCUUGAAGCACCAUUUGCGCAGGCUGUAUGGCUUCCCAGUGUGUCAACAGCAAAUCGUACAUGGCGGCAACUGCUUGGAGGACCACUCCAGGCUGAACCUGCCCAUCGACGUGCAACUGGUGAUCCUCUCCUGCCCUGAGUCGAGUGAAGCAGCCAAAGAGCUCAUUUCAUGUGCUGCCGAAGGUGAAGUCGAAGCAGUAGGUCGCUUGUUGGAAGCUGGCGUUGACAAGGACUUCGCUCCAAGAGGAAAGUAUUCAGCACUUAUUCAAGCAUGCAGGUUUGGGCAUGUAGAGGCCUUGAACUUGCUACUGCAAGCUGGCGCUAGUAUCAACUUGCUGGCUGGCGAAGGCGAGCCCAUUUAUGAAGGAUGGUGUCCGCGGUGGUCAAUUGGCUAUACAGCUCUCUGUCAAGCGUGCAAGUCUGGCCAGGUUUUCGUCGUGCAACUUCUGUUGCAAGCUCGCGCCGACGUGGACUCAUGUGAUGAGGACGGCACCGCCCUUGGCCUAGCGUCCGAGACUGGUCGUGUUGAUAUCGCACAUUCGCUCCUGCAAGCUGGUGCAGACCCGAACCUGGUGAACCAGUUCGGCCAGUCAAAGCCUGUAUCUUGCAGCGGCGGGUGGGCACGCUGGUAUUGUAAGUUUGUUGCUGCAAGCUGGUGCUGUCGAUACGGUAGACAGUGA